AGAAUUUUUAUUCGGCGCCAGACCAGGGUUGUAGACGUGCACUUUCGGUGUGUGAAAUUGGGAAACCUUUUUUAGCACAUCAUGUCGCUUAUCUCUUCUCUUAAAAUUUUUUCUCCGUCGUCGUUGAAUACAACGCAAAAUGCUCUGUCGGUCGUCUCAUCGAGAGCUAACUCAUGGUGGUCCCACGUCGAAAUGGGUCCCCCCGACCCAAUCUUGGGAGUAACUGAGGCAUUUAAGAGAGACACAAAUCCCAAGAAAAUGAAUUUGGGUGUAGGAGCUUACCGUGAUGAUAAUGGCAAACCAUUUAUCUUGCCAGCUGUGAAAAUGGCUGAAGCUGAAAUUGCAAAGAAAAACAUGGAUAAAGAGUAUUCUCCAAUUUCUGGUAGCCCUGAAUUCUGCAAAGCUUCAAUCAACCUUGCCCUUGGGGAAGACAAUGAGUGGACUAAAAAUGGCUUGAAUGCUACAGUGCAAGGAAUUUCUGGAACUGGUUCGCUACGUAUUGGCACAGCUUUCUUGUCUGCUUUCUUUCCUGGUGGCAAAGAUCUUUACUUGCCAACACCUACAUGGGGAAAUCACGUUCCUCUGGCUAAGCAUGCCGGUCUCGGAGUCAAACAGUACAGAUACUACGAUCCCAAAACCUGUGGUUUCGAUUUCCAUGGAGCUCUGCAAGAUAUCGCUAAAAUUCCCGAACGCUCUAUGAUUCUUUUGCAUGCCUGUGCACAUAAUCCUACCGGAGUUGACCCAAAACCAGAGCAGUGGGCUGAAAUGUCCAAAGUCAUUAAAGAAAAGAAACUAUUCCCGUUCUUUGACAUGGCUUACCAGGGAUUUGCAUCUGGUGAUAUUGACAAAGAUGCUGCCCCUGUAAGAAUGUUCUUGAAGGAUGGUCACCAAAUCGCCCUCUCCCAGUCGUACGCCAAGAACAUGGGCUUGUAUGGUGAACGUGCUGGUGCAUUCUCACUUAUCUGCAGUAGCAAGGAAGAAGCAGCUGCUACCAUGUCCCAGUUAAAGAUCAUCAUUCGUCCCAUGUAUUCGAACCCACCCGUCACUGGUGCUCGUAUUGCCACCGAGAUCCUCACCACUCCUGCUCUACGCUCUCAGUGGCUUCUCGACGUUAAAGGCAUGGCUGAUCGCAUCAUUUCGAUGCGCCAGUUGCUGCGUUCCAAUUUGGCCAAGGAGGGAUCUUCACGCGACUGGGCCCAUAUUACCGAUCAAAUCGGUAUGUUCUGCUUCACUGGAAUGAAUCCUGCUCAGGUGGAGAAACUGACCAAGGACUUCAGCGUAUACCUUACCAAGGAUGGACGCAUUUCUGUUGCCGGAAUCACUUCCAAGAAUGUGGAAUAUCUGGCUCAUGCCAUCCACCAAGUGACAAAGUAAACCCAUGAACUCGAAAAUCCACCCCGUCCCCCAUCACUGAUAUUUCUGGAAGAGGGUACAUGCACCUUUAUCGGCUAGCUAUAGUCAACUGGCGGAUAUCACCACGCGAAAUGAAACCUACACUCCCUUCCCCUUUCCCUCUCAUUAUUUCCCGUCUGAUUCCCCAGUUAUUUUCUCCCUAAUGGUAAUGGUAGUCUUCAAGCUUUAGCAAUCGGAGAAGAUAAUCGCCACUGGAUUGGAAGGACGUACAAUAACUAUACACUUGUACAAAUCCCGGUCGUGGGAAAUAGAUGGUGAUAGUCUUUA